AUGAAACAAACUAGUUUAUCGACUUCAUUUUUCUCACCAUUUAAUGGUAAAACGAUUGUACUCGAGCUUGGUCGUAAAAUUGGCUUCAAAGCUAAACAAGAAUUGAUCAACUAUUUACGAGAACAACAAGCACAUAUUUCAUAUAUUCUUACAGCUAGUACUGAUUACGUUUUGGUUACAAAUGAUGUAGAUAGUUACAAGACACGUCGUGCCAAACAGUUCGGGUUGCCAUUGGUCAAUGUUGAAUAUGUAUACGAAUAUCGUCGUUUGUCACCAGGACAAACACCAAUCGAUAUGGACAAAUUUAUCAUCAAGUCAACUGAAGUCCAAGAAACUUUUGCAAACACCGGCACUAUUUCUGUUGCAGGAUCUCGAGUAAAUGUGAUCAAAAUCAAUAAAUUUGAUUUGACUAAAAUUAAACUUUGGAAUUCAGACGAUGCUGAUUUACCUCGUUUUGAUGAAUUAGCACAUGGUGAAAUUGGCAAAUGGGCCAUUUUCAAAGAAACUAACGACAAGUCGGACGUAUUUUUUGCUCUUGAACUUCAAGUUAUUCCUGAACAAUACUACGAUCGAGCGACGAGCGAUUAUCGACUAAGAUUUCGAUAUGAAAAACAAACUAUUAGUAGUGAAGAGCAAAAACAAGAUAAAAAAGUAUUAAUCCACUAUGCAUUCAGUGAUAAUUCAAAUGAACAACAACAAUUAUUUGCUUCGUACUAUUAUCGAAUAGGUACAAUGCCACGUGUAACUCGAAUUCGUGAAAUGUUACCUGAUAAAUUAGGAUCGAAAUUAUUAUUACGCUCUUUAUUUACCCAUCGUAUCGAUACACAAAUACUCGAUGAAAAUAUAUGUCAAUUGAUUGAAUCGAUAUGGUUAGAAUCGAUUGGUGAUCUAAAUAAAAUGUUGAGUGUAUUGCCUGAAUCGAUCACUCUCAAAGCGAUUAUCGAAGCCGAGGCUGCACUGCUUGAAGUCAAAUCGACUAAUGAUCCUGCUGCUGCACUUCGUUUCUAUUCACUGAUUCCUCAUCGACCUCAGCACAAUGUUGGUCUCAUAAAGAAUCGUCGAGCAUUAACCGAAAAACUUGACUUAUGUCAGAUGCUUCGAGAUAUGCUCACAGUCAACGAACUAACUAAUUGGAAUGUUAAAGCACCCAUCGAAGCAAAAUAUCGAGCAUUGAAAUGUCACAUUGAAACAGUGGAUAGUUCAACACCUGAAUUUAAAAAUGUUGCUGAACUUAUUCAAUCGUCGAUCGAUAGUGGUGAACAAAUUGUUAUUCAUCACGUAUUCAGUGUAGCCAAACAGACAGAUGCACUCAAUUUCUAUACAUCACUGCCUCAUCAAUGGCAAUUGUUUCAUGGAUCAAAAUAUGCCAACUUUCUUGGAAUUCUUUCACGUGGUUUGACCAUGCCCAAAAUGGUGAUGGAAGAAUUGGGUGUCCUACGUACUGAUAUUGGUUGUCUUGGUUAUGGAAUUUAUUUUUCUGAUUCAGCUUCUACAUCUCUAAAAUAUACGACAGCAAGCACAACGCGGCCAGGUCGACGACUAUUAUGCAUUUGCCAAGUAGCUCUAGGUGAAUCAGCCAACUAUUAUUCAUUUUCACCGACUCUCACCAAACCUCCGAAUGGUUUUCAUAGCACACACGGAGUCAAGCGAACAGAACAAAAUAAUUCAAUGUUUACCGAUAAUGAAUAUGCGAUCUAUCAACUCGAUCAACAACGUCUGCUCUACGUGGUGGAAAUUUCAUGGACACCGAACGAUGUUCUCAAUAUCGAAUUAGAACGACUACCAAUUGUUCAUCAUCAGCAACAUGCAUUAAAAUCGAGUGAACAUGGUAAUGAUGAUUCUUUUUGUCAGCAUAAAAUUUGA